UGGGCUCGGCACGGGAUGAGGCUAGGGGGCGGGUACCGCAAGUCACAUACACGGACAUGUCCAGAAGUGGCGUGGGCGGACGCAGUUUCGGAGGAUGGCUGUGUGGCACAGGAGGAGUCGGACCCAGCCGGGGACACCACUGCCUCUGGGAUCCUGCCAGGCUGUGAACAGGUGCAGCCAGAUAAAUAUACAUCAGGAACAGAAAUUCAAAUCCAGCCACAAUCAGCAUUAAAAAUCUUUCAACAACAGCUGGAUUCAUUUCAGGCACUUCGGCAACAGACUCUGGAGAAUGUUAACAUGGUACAGUCUGAAAUCAGUGAAAUACUGAACAAGAAUGUAGUUGAUGUGAAAACUUCACAGGGUAGCUCAAAAGAGUUUCUGAUGACUAGUUCACCUGCCAAAACACCUGUGUUUACAGAGAGUCCACAAUCACCAUUUUCUAUGAAGGAAUUUCAGUACGAUCAGAAACUCUGCACCCAUCAGCCCCUGGAGGCAAGUUCUAAUAUUUUCCUUGGAAAUGUGGUCAGUGAUGUAAAUAUUUCUCAUCAGAUUUCACUAAAAACUUUAACAGCAGGAAAGAUUGAGAAACCAUUAGGACCAAAUGAAAUCAAAACCAUGAAUACUCUAAAAAAUGAAUAUUUUUUGAAGGAUUUUGCCAAACCUAAAUAUUUUCUACCUUGCACUAGUAUAGAAGCUGAAACUAUUACUCCUGCUAAUGAUAAAUUAAUUUUGGAUGAACCUAAAGCUCCCUUGACUUUCCUCAAAUAUAACGAUGAACUUCAUUUAACAGACUUUAACUAUUCUACCAACCAGUUGAAAGAAGAACUCCAAAAGCCUCAUGGACAGGAACUAGGACAUGCAUCUGAACUUCAGAAUGUUUCCUAUAGUCAAUAUAAUGAUUCUGAAUAUAUGCUAAAACAAGAGCCCAAAAUAUCAACUCUGUUUUUAUCUUCCAAAAAAUUAAGUGAGGACUCAAAAUCAAUAGAAAUUUCAAAACCUGAAGAAACAGUAGACAAAUCACAUAUUACACUGGUUUCUCUUCAAGGAAAUAAUCUAAAUCUUGAUAAAGAAUUUAAUAAAGAAUCAGAAUAUGAAAACUUAUGGACUUUUGCCCUUAAAAGUACAUGCAGUACCCAAGAAGAAGCUGAAAGCAAAAACAAAAAUGAAUUUUAUAGUACUGACAAUGGCGUUGAAGGGUUCCAGUUCGAUGUCUUUUCCAAAACUAUAAAGGAUAAGUUACAAAUGCUUGAUCACAUAGAACAACUGCAGAGAGAAAAAGAAGACCAACUGCACAUACUAAGCCAAAGAAUACUAGACCCUGGAAAUCCUAAAUUCAGUGAAAUCAAACCUGCGUCAGAGUACUCUGAAAAAAUUGAAGUGUCACAAAAUUCCUUUAAAUAUUCUGAACACUUGCAAAAUAAAAUGCUGCAGCUUGAGAAUGAAAACAUAACUUUCAAGGCAGACGUGAAACAUCUUACUGUUAUCAUACAGUCUCUGAGAGAAAAAAACUCAAAAUAUGAAAAGCAAAUUAAAGCUCUGGCUGUAGAAAAGCAAAACAUGAAAGUCAGAUUAGUUAAAUCAGAAGAAGACAGCAAGGAAUGUAUUAAAGAAGUGAAAAGGUUGUUACGAAAAUGUAAAGAAUUUCAGAACCAAAAGAAAACUCUCCAAGAAGAGAGGAGCCAACUCUGUAUUGAAAACCAAUGUAUGAGGAAAGCAUUAGACGACUUUAAAAUUAAGAAUCAGGAAGCACAAGAACAGAUGAUCGCUGCUACUGCUGAAAAAGAUAAACACACUGUGGUACUGGAUUCUUUGCAAAAGGAAUCUUUGGUCUUACGAGAAACAAAUCAGAAACUAGAAACAAAAACAGCCCAGCUUAUACAAGAAAAAACCUCACUUGAAAAAGAACUUGUACAAAAUCAGGUUGAAAUAAGGCAACUGAAAGAAAAAGAAAACAUAACAAAAUCUGAACAGGAGACUCUUCUUCAAUCAGUGCAGUUACUUAAAGAAAAAAAGUUUAACCUUGAAAUGACAUUGUAUAACACAUAUGGAAAGGUGCUGAAAGCAGGAGUUCUAAACAUUUGCUAUAAGACUGCAGCCAUGUUUGAAUUAACUACAUUUCCAGAAGAAAUCCAUACAUAA